AUGUUGAACCUACCACAGAAAUUGUGGGAGGGCAAUCUCGAAUUUGAACUCCACUGGAUCACCGAGAACGGGAACCCGGCUCAGAUAAAGAGCAUGGCUCAGAUCCAGCCAACUGGAAACUCCUUUGAGUCUUGCGCGCCCUUGGAUGUCGCCCUGAUGAGAGCGCGUAACCCCGGCUACAAGGCCAGCGAAGCCGAGAUCGCCCUCAUCCGCAAGCUCUGCGACCGGUGUACCACCUUUUUGACCAUCUGCGGUGGCAUCUUCCCGCUUCUUGAAGCCGGGCUUCUGGCUGGCAAAACGGCAACUUGCCCCCGCAUGAUGGUCGAUGCCAUGAAAAAGAGCGUGCCGGUCGUCGAAUGGGUUGAGACUCGCUGGGCGCAUGACGAAAAGCUGUGGACCUCGAGCUCGUUGCUAAAUGGCACUGACAUGAUGCGGGCUUUUGCUGAGGCUAUCUGGGGAGGAAAUACCGGGUGGGUCGGGACAGUUCUCGAUAUCGGAGGGGGCAUCCCACCGUCAGAAAACGCCCUGGACCCUCCUACACAAGCGAAGCGUCACGGAUACGUCAACAACAUGGCCCUCAGAACUCUUGGUGCAAAGGCUGCUGCGGCCUUGGACAAGGAUCUCAUGAGCACCGGCGCUUUUUCCAUUGACCAGCUUAUGGAACUUGCCGGACUUUCCGUCUCACAAGCAAUCUAUCGUGUUCAUCCUCCCAGCCGAGGGUUGAACAUUCUUGUUGCUUGCGGCCCGGGUAACAAUGGUGGCGACGGCCUCGUGGCUGCUCGACACCUCCGUCACUAUGGCUACAAGCCUACCAUCUACUAUCCCAAACGAAGCAAGAAUGAUUUAUAUCAACGGUUGGCACAGCAGCUGGUCGAUUUGGACGUCCCGUUUGUCGACGAUUUCGUUGCGGCUGUAGAAUCUACCGAUCACAUCGUGGACGCAAUCUUCGGAUUCAGCUUUUCGGGAGAGGUCCGGGAGCCUUUCCCCGCAGUAAUCAAGGCGCUGGAAGAAACAAAGUUGCCGGUAACUUCGGUUGACGCCCCUUCUUCAUGGGAUAUCGAGAGUGGCCCGCCCCCGUCCGGCCCUGGGAGCUCGUUCCAGCCUGAAGUUCUCGUCAGCCUCACAGCACCGAAGCCGUUGGUAAAGCACUUCAAAGGACGCCAUUUCAUCGGUGGGAGAUUCGUAUCGCCGGGUAUUGCUGAGAAAUACAAUUUGGAAAUUCCGCAGUACGAAGGCAUCGACCAGGUGGUGGAGGUUGACAAUAACGGCCAGAAGCUUUGA